AUGCAGUGCAUAAAGUGUGUGGUGGUGGGUGACGCGUCCUCGGGGAAGACCCUCCUGCUCCUCUCUUACACCAACCAGUUCUCCUCCUCCUCCUCCUUCGUCCCCACGGUGUUUGAUAACUACUCCGUGACGGUGACGAUCAGCGGGGAGCCGUACACUCUGGGCCUGUAUGACACGGCAGACCAAAAGGACUUUGACCGGCUGCGACCGCUCAGCUACCUUCAUACCGACGUCUUCCUCGUCUGCUUCUCUGUCGUUUCGCCUUCCUCGUUUGAGAACGUCAGAUUGAAGUGGGUGCCGGAGAUCUCGCACCACUGCCCGAGGACCCCCUUCCUGCUGGUCGGGACUCAGGUGGACCUGAGAGACGACAAACUGGCCGAAGGCGACCAGCGAGCUCUGUCCUGCGAGAGCGGAGAGAGGCUGGCCCGAGAGCUGAAGGCCGUCAAAUAUGUGGAGUGUUCAGCUCUCACGCAGAGCGGCCUGAAGAACGUGUUCGACGAGGCCAUCCUGGCAGCUCUCAGGCCUCCAGACAACAAACGCAAGAAGCAAUGCUUCCUGCUAUAGAGGAGAAGGGGGAGGAGUUUAAACAGUGCCUUCAGCUGUAGAGUGACUUAAUGUGGGCGUGUCCUCGGAAGGGGAGGAGUUUAAACAGUGCCUUCAGCUGUAGAGUGACUUAAUGUGGGCGUGGCCUCUGAGGAGGAGGAGUUUAAACAGUGCCUUCAGCUGUAGAGUGACUUUAUG